AUGGCCAUUCAGUCCAAAGUCGCUCCGAUUGGCCCGUGGGGUCGAGCAACUGCCGGUGCAACUGGUGCUGUGCUUGCCAAUGCGCUCGUAUAUCCUCUAGACAUGCAAGUCAAGACGAAGCCUGGCGAAGCUCCUAUAGCCGAUUCAGAUGCGACCGAGCCUCACUACGACUCGACAUGGGAUGCCAUCACCAAAAUUGUGGCAGAUGAUGGUGUGAAGGGCCUGUAUACUGGUAUGAGCGGCUCGCUGCUUGGAGUUGCCUCGACGAACUUCGCCUACUUCUACUGGUACUCUGUUGUCCGCGCGCUCUACUUCCGCUCGGUCAAGAGCGCUGCUGCCCCGUCGACGGCGGUCGAGUUGGCGCUAGGCGCCAUCGCCGGUGCUGUCGCCCAGCUCUGUACUAUCCCAGUUGCUGUCGUAACCACAAGGCAACAAACUCAACGAAAGGAGGAGAGGAAAGGCAUGCUUGAGACUGCACGAGAGGUUAUCGAUGGUGAAGAUGGUGUCAGUGGGCUGUGGCGAGGUCUGAAGGCCAGCUUGGUUCUUGUCGUGAACCCAGCCAUCACGUACGGCGCGUAUGAGAGGCUGAAGCCUGUUCUCUUCCCAGGCAAGGUGUUGAAGCCCUGGGAGGCUUUUGUACUUGGUGCCCUGUCAAAGUCCCUGGCAACCAUCGCAACCCAACCACUCAUCGUAGCGAAGGUUGGCCUUCAAUCUAAGCCGCCCCCGGCGAGACAAGGCAAGCCUUUCAAGAGCUUUGUCGAGGUCAUGCGAUUCAUCAUCGACAACGAGGGCGUCCUGGGCCUAUUUAAGGGCAUUGGUCCUCAGAUCCUCAAGGGACUGCUCGUUCAGGGCAUUCUAAUGAUGACUAAGGAGCGCAUGGAACUCCUGUUCAUUUUGUUCCUCCGCUACCUCCAACAGGUACGGGCGAAGCAGCUGGCCCGAUUGACCGCUGUAAAAGGCAACCUUCCAAUCCCAAUCACAACGAAAUAG